UGAGAUAGAAUUAUCCGAGUGCACGAUAUGUGAACAAGUCCCACCACUUGGACACCUUCCGCAUCUUGAGGUUAUCAGAAUGUCUGGAUUAAGAAAUCUGAAACGUAUUGGUCCUGAAUUCUAUGGUUGUCACAGUGUUGUUAAUCAUGAUCAUGAUUAUCAUGCUAAUGAUGGCAUCAUCUUUGGUAGCUGUAGUGGGGCAGAAACAACGGCAACAGCAGCAAAAGCACCAACCGUUGUGUUUCCAGCACUAAGAGAUUUUCAUCUAGAAGAUAUGUCAAACAUAGAAGAAUGGUGUGGGCUUGGGGUAUCAUCAUCGUCGUCAGACACCACGAUGUUCUUUCCUCUGCUUGAGUUUGUACACAUUAGGGGUUGCCCUAAUUUGACUACAAUUCCAAGUCACUUGUUAUGCUUACAAGAAUUGAUUUGCGAAUAUGCCUCGGCUUUUUAUCAGGAAACUGGAAAUACGCAUCGCCGUUACUUGAGAAUAGAGGUAUCUAGGGAUUCGAAAUGGAAGAUUGAUGUUUUACUGGUAGAUUUGCUGAAAAAAAGCGGCAAGACCCUAAGAAAGCUGACAGUAAGAAAAUUGAAAGAGCUAUGUUAUUUGGCAAAUAACUUACAAAACCUUGCAUCUCUUGAAGACUUAAUGAUAGAAGUAUGCCCAAAUCUAAAGUCUAUAAUUAAAGAAGCAGAAGAAAAAGAAGAAACGUCGAAUUGUAGUGGCUUAACAUCUCUUCGGAAGCUUCGGAUUUCACUUUGCAAAGAUUUGACAUGUUUACCAAAGGGACUGCUACAACAAACCCUUGUAACAUUAGAGAUAUCAGGGUGUCCGAAUUUAAUAAUGGCCAAUCCAGAUGAAUUACGCAGCCUCAGAUCCCUUCAGAACUUGACGAUUAAAGGAUGUCCAAGAUUGGUGGGUUGUUGGGAGAAGAGGCUAUUUUGCCUGAACAGCCUUCGAACAUUGACGAUAGGUUUAUUCUCAGAGGAGCUCGAAUAUUUCCCCUGGCCUUCCACCACCAUAAGUGCUACAUCUGCAUCUGCAUCUGCUUCCACUUCCGUUUCUGUUACUGCUACUGCAGUGGAGGAGGUUGAUGAUGAUGAUACCAAAUAUCAUCACCCAAAUCCCAAACACUACCCCUUUAUCUCCUUGGUAUCUCUGACUCUAUUUGGCGUUGAUAGGGUCAAGUAUCUGCCUGAUCAACUUCAGCACCUCACUACCUUGAGAGACUUGUCACUUCAAUAUUUUUAUGGACUGGAAACUCUGCCGGAGUGGCUGGGUAACCUUUCUUCUCUUCAUUCUUUGCAUCUUUGUUGGUGCCUCGAUCUGAUGAAUCUUCCCAGCCUGGAAGCAAUGCAACGCCUCACCAAUUUACGAUCUUUGAAAAUUCAGUAUUGUCCCCUUAUGAAGGAAAGAUGCGCAAGGGAAAGCGGCCAAGAAUGGCACAAGAUUGCCCAUAUUCCAUCCAUCGAUGUCUUGUAGAUUUAAAGGUCAAGUGUAAUGGUUUCCUCUGCAAAUGACUAAUCUUCUUCUUCAAGAUACCAAACCAAACCAAGCCAAGCCUUAAGUCCCAUCAAAUGGGGUCGGCUACAUGAAUCCAUCUUCUUCUUCAAGAUGAAGCAUAAAAAAGUUUACUGCCAAUUAUGGUCUUCUACAAAGAGUUCCGGUUUUUCUUCAUGUGUAAGUGCUAGAUUUACUGCCUGCCAGCAGUAAAAUCAAAUAGUGCAGGCCAUUAACAAUCGAUGUAGGGAGAAGAGGUAAUUGUUGGUGCACAUGAUUUUGCAGUGUCAGAAAAAUGUUAUGCAAACUUUGUAGGUUGUUAGUCAUUUCAGUUAUUUGUUUUGUGAUUUUCAAGCUUGAUAGUUCAACUUCGUCAGUUGAAGAUUCUGUCAAGUGAAAAACUAAAUAAUUUCUAUAAUCAACCGGUCUUCAAAAUUCCUUCCUGCUUAGCUUUUAGUCAAAUAUUGAUUUUCUAUG